UGCUGUGAAAGCUAGCUGUGGGUCAAACCCACGCCCGCUUAAUCGCCACCACUCCCACCACACACAGCCGUCAACAUGGGUUGACAAAGCUUGCCCUUUCAAUUCCAAUCCCUCACCCCGCCGUUGCCCCGCCAUGGCCCCCGACGCAUCCUCUGUGCGCUCUACGGAACGCCUGGACGCAAAUAUACCGGGCGCUUUCCCUAACCUACUGGCACCCAGUCAGGCAUCCAUCACGACCCACCAGACAUCCCUUUCGCAGACCCUAUACGAACGCAGAGCAGAGUACACGCGACCCCGCAACGUCCGCAUCAAGGUGGGAACAUGGAACACGGCCGCCCAGAAAGGGACUGAACAAGAUGUGGGCGAGUGGUUCAUAAGCGGAAAAGGCGUGGAAGAGGCUAUCGCAGGCUAUGGAGUGGCAGACCCUGGACCGCAUUCCGAGGGCAGCAGAGAGAGCGUGGCAUCGCAAGAGGCGAGACAUGCGAAACACACACCCACGAUUCCACACAACGAUGCAGGAGCAGUACCGGGCGCGGACGAGAUUGAUAUCUAUGCGCUAGGUCUCCAGGAGAUUGUCGACAUCACGUCUGCUUCAGAAGCCCUCAGACCAUACAGUGACCCGAGCAAUGCGAACAAGUGGAAAGCAUCGCUCGCGGCCGCCCUGCCCCAAGGAUACCAACUGGUCUCAGAGCAGCAACUGAUUGGACUAUGGCUCGUCAUCUACGCCUCACCAGACGUGUUCCCGCAGAUCAAGAACGUCAGUACGACCAGCGUCGGAACUGGCCUGAUGGGUUAUAUGGGGAACAAGGGCGCUGUCACAACGCGCAUAGUCCUGGGCGAGACGACGCGCCUUGUCUUCAUCAAUUCUCACCUGGCAGCUGGCGCUGACAAAGCAUCACUCGAUCGAAGAAUCUGGGACACGGCACAAAUCAAUUCUCGCACUCGCUUUGACCCAAUCGUCGACUCCUUGGGCUCAUCGCAGACCACGGGUGAAGGUCUGGGCGAAGAGGAGUUUGCCUUUUGGUUUGGUGACCUGAAUUACCGCCUGGAGGGUAUGCCUGGAGAUGAUGUGAGACGACUUCUCACGGUGCAUACCAAGGACAUGGAUCACGAAGAGGAAGGCAGAGCUUCUACUUCUGCUGACUCCGGAUACGGCGAAGAUACCCAUGACGCAGUACCCCUGCCUCCUGAGCUCGAUCCUGCCUCACUGCAGACGACGAUCACGUCUUUACUACCACACGACGAACUACACCAGCAGAUGAAAGCCGGGAAAGCAUUCCACGACGGUUGGCAGGAAGGCCCCAUACGCUUCUUACCAUCCUACAAGUAUGAUGUUGGCAAAGUCGGGGUCUUCGAUUCCAGCGAGAAGCGCCGCUGUCCCAGUUGGUGUGAUCGUAUUCUCUACCGAACUCGUGCAUCCAAACAGCGAUACGAUGCCAAAGUUAAGGAGCAAGAAGAGGCUCGCAAGAGAGACCAGGAGAUGAAGGCGAAGGGCAUGGAUUUACCUGGAGACGAUGAUGUUUUGUACGACUAUGACCCCGACACCGAUGGUGAUACUUAUGACGACUACGAUGAGAACGAAGACCCAGAGCCCGAACCAAUUACAACCAAGGAUGACCUGUCUGCUGAGAUCCUUCUUGAGUAUUAUACAACCCAUAUGCGCAUACUCAGCUCAGACCAUAAACCCCUCGACGCAGUGUUUUCGUUGAAGUACGAUGCUGUAGUUCCUGACUUGAAGACUGCGAUCCAUGGUGAAGUAGCUCGCGAGCUUGACCGUCAAGAGAACGAAGGCAGACCCUCAAUAGCAGUGGUUGUGGAUCGUGCCACAGGAUCUUCAUCUGCGGAGGACACCAACAAAACAGACAGCUCUUUCGAAGGAGUAGACUUUGGCGAUGUCAAAUUCACAAAAUCGAAGAAACGUAACAUCACAAUUGCUAAUACAGGUCGAGUACCGGCAACCUUCGGCUUCGCAGAUCGCCCAGUCGACCAUGAGCAACAGGCGGGCGCGUUCCCGCCCUGGCUGAGCGUUACAUUUGACAGAGAACCAGACAAGCUCGACAAACCUCAGCCAGAUGACAUACAUCAGCACUUCACACUUGAGCCUGCUGAUGUCGUCAAUGUGGAACUCAAGCUCAAAAUCGAAAGUCUGGACGCAGUACGCAAUUUUAACGAAGGCGAUUCCGUAUUGGACGAAGUCCUAGUUCUUCGUGUCGAAAACGGCCGAGACCACUUCCUACCACUUCGCGCACAUUGGCUGCAAUCUACGCUUGCUCGCACUGUCGAUAAAUUGAUCAGGAUCCCAGAGGGUGGUAUCAGGAAGCUUCAGCACCAGAUACCGAGUCGCGAAGAGGUAAAAUGGAGCGCGCCUCGCGAACUGUUCCGGCUGACGGACGCGAUAGAAGAUUUGACGGAACGCACACUAGCUGAAUGGGAGAUGACGAAGAGCGAGGGCGAGAAAGGGCCAUGGCAAGAUAAUGCUGGAUGGCCCUUCGUCAGAUCCCACUCUAAAACCGUGGUUGAUGCAGAUGACCGUGAAGACGAGCUCGCUGACCUCUACGAUGCAUUAGACUGCGAUACACCCUUCGCUGACGCUUUUAAUCAAGAGACGCGGUCCAAAGAGAAAGUCGAGAUGUUAGCGGAAGUUCUGCUGACGUUCCUGUCAAGCCUAGUAGAUGGAAUCAUCACCAAAAGCCUCUGGGAGAAGCUCGAGGAAAGCAUCACGACACGCGAGAAGUCUAAACAGCACAUCUCUUCGGACGAUGAGAAAAUGGCGGUUCUCGAGAUCUUGACUACAGCUCCCAACCAUAACGCUUCGUUCUUCCUCAUCAUAUCUUUCUUGCAGAACAUUGCAAAUCAAGUUACCGAAGUCUUCAAACCCAAACCGCACACGCCCCGUACUAGCACUGAACUUCCGGCUUCGCCACAGGCAAAAGUACGGAGGCGCACAUUGAGCAAGGUGCCUGAGGUUGCGAUACGGCAGCUCAUUGUGAAAAACUAUGCCGUUGCGUUCGCGGAUGUUUUGUUUAGAUGUAAAGAGGAGGCGAAGAUAAGAGAGAAGGAAAAGGCGAUCAGGAAGGAAAGGAUGGUCAGGGUGAUUGAGUUGUUCAUAGGUGGUGAUAGCUAGGCCACAUUGGACGGGGUUCGACUGUUGAUCUGGACAAAGCGUAGCUUGAAAAAGAACACCACGUCCAGUUUUGUUGGAAUGAGAUCAAAGAUGGACCGGCUAGGUAGAGGCGCGUAGAAAGCGUUUAAUAUGAUACUGGUUGAAAC